AGAAUUCGUAGUAACAGCUGACGUGACAGUCCAAACAAUCAUACAUACGGUCACUUUAGCGCCCGGGAAGUCGAUCAAAUUCUCGUCUUCAAAUGCAUUUGCGAAUGUUUUAUGAGAAUGAUAAUUGAUGUUUCGAUAGUUAAUCAUUAAUCACCUCCUCACAUAAAUCCUCUUCCACAUCUCCAUCUGGAGCAGAGAUUCGAACGUUCACAUGAGAACGGAUCAUUCGGCUCGCCCAUGACAGUUCCCAGUCCAUGUUUUUUUUUUACCAAAGGAAAACAAAUACUUAUAUUCAUUAAAAAGUCCUUUUAUUUAUAAGGAAAUGGCAUCGAUGAGCGAUAAGAAUCCAAACUCUUCCCUGGUGAAACGAGUGAAUAAACUUCUCGAGUCUCGGCCAGAAAAUGAUAAGGAUACCCUUGAGGCUCUGAAGGAGCUCUCCACAUUCUUCACCGAGAACACAUUAAACAACCGGAGGAAUCUCCGUAGUAAAAUCGAGAAAAAGAGUCUCGCAAUAAAUGAGGAGUUCCUCUCAGCAUUCAGAGAAGUCAAGUCCACCCUGGACGACAUUCAUCGAGACGUUCUGGGGAUGAACAACUCGAUACAAUCGAUGACGAGUCGUCUGCAGACGACGAAAACCCAGACCCUCAGUCUGAUCGAUCGAACGAUGAAGCUCCAGAAUGAAAGUAGAAAGUUGUCGAUGCAACACGAAGUGGCCAAGGCCUUCAUCAGAACAUUCGAGCUUUCCAGACACGAAAUUUCCAUCCUCCAUGGACAGACGAGAGAGGAGCCCAUCGCAGAGGAAUUCUUUACGGUCAUCAAUCGACUCCAGACGAUUCACAGCAGCUGCAGAAUUUUAAUGCAGUCAGGUUAUCAGACCCUUGGACUGGAUGUUAUGCAGAGGAUGACAUUGCUGCAGGAGGCUGCACUGGAGCGGUUGUACAGGUGGACCCAGAAUCAGUGCAGGCACAUCGAGCACGAUCAAUUUGCACCCUUAUUGAUUAAGGGCAUGUGCAAGCUGCAGGAUAGACCUGUGCUGUUUAAAUAUAUUAUCGAUGAAUAUUGUACUGCUAGACGGGCGGUUAUUGUUGGAGCUUUUAUUGAUGCAUUGACACUGGGAAGUAACACUGGAGGAACUCCGAAUCCUAUUGAGAUGAGGGCUGAUGAUCCAACGAGGUACGUGGGAGAUAUGCUUGCUUGGUUACAUCAGGCAAUUCCGGUUGAGAAGGAGAAUAUUCUGACACUUCUGAAGGCGUGUGAUAAGACAGAUGUCUCAGAUCAAGUGAAACACGCGUUAGGAAAUAUCACAGAGGGCCUCUGUCAUCCUCUGAAGUCCCGUAUCGAACAUAUACUGGAUGUGGAAGCACCUGCCACUGUGUUGUACUCGGUAAUGUCCCUUAUCCGGUAUUACCUGGCGAUUCUCUCUGACAUAAUACCAGAUAGUGUCCUGGUGAAUACGUUGAGUGAACUCCUGGAGCUCAGUGAGAGGAGUUUCAAUGCUAGACUCCAGAAAGAAACUCGUACAGCACUUGGAGAUCGAGCUGAACCGCCUGGACAAGAUUUGGUGCCUGCUGCCUCGGUUUCUAGGCUCUUGGGGCUUCUCAGUGAUGUACUGUCUGUUGCUUUGAUUGUCACUGGGGAGGACAGGGAGAAAGACAUUCAAAGGAUUGUUUCAUGCAUAAUUGAUCCCCUUCUUCAAGAAGUCGAUGAGACUGCCACAAGACUUCCAGCAGUGGACAUGGCAGUCUACUUAUUGAACUGCCUUCAUCAAAUCCAUUCGACUUUAUCUCUCUAUGAGUACAUGGACCAGAGACUCGAAAGACUGCAAGCUCAGUCAGAUGCUCAAAUAGAUACCCUCACAUCGGAAUUGGCAAGUUCACUCGUGGCUAAUCUUAACCUGGGGCCCAUUUACACUAUCCUCCAGGGCAGGGAGCACGGUCCCCUCUCUGCGAUCCCCGGAAUGGAUCCAGUCAGUGUAAAGGAGUUCACGAAUAAAUUGGAGUCAUUUCUUCUGAUGUCUGAUGCCUUUCUACUCCCUCAAAUCAGUCUUCUCCAAAAUAGCAAUCAUCGGUCAACAGCGUUGAAGAGAUCAUUCCAAGUGAUUGGGGCUAUCUAUAAACAGCUGUACGACGCCUGUCAUGAUCCUAAGAAUCAAUAUCAAAAUCCUGGUGGAUUGUUUGUGAGAACACCAGAGGAUUUGCUCGAUAAACUUGUAUCUCAAUAGAAUAUUAAUUCAUUA